AUGCGGCAAAACCGCGAAGAAUUUCGGGCAUUCAGAGAAGAACUUCGGGACAUAAGAACCCUUGUAUGCAAAUGCGAUGCUCGUUUAGAUAAGCUCGAGAACACGGUCCAAACUAUCCUGGAAUCACAAGAGCAAUAUGGCUCUCAAGGAUUCAAAAGUGAAAUCCUUAAACUAGAGUCGACCGUCAAUCAGCUGCAAGCCGACUUAAACGAUAGGGACCAGGAGUUGCUUGCAAAUAACUUCGAAUUAAGUGGAAUUCGAGAGGAGAGUGGGGAGAACUCAACACACUUGGUUCUAACAGUUCCAACCAAGCUUGGUAUUCAUUUGGAGGAAAAGGAACUGGUCAAUUGUAUGCGAGUGGGGGGCGCCCGCCAGGAUGCCACGUCUCGUCCGUGGCCCAACGCUAUGCGGCUGGCGCAGCGCGACGUGCGUAAUGACGUGCGCUGCGCGCGUCCGUCGGUCUCUAACAACCGAGGCUCUAGGUCUUAA